GUUUGGAUUUAGAGGAAACAUACCCCCAAUGCCCCUUCUUGUCUCCCCUAUUUUCCCCUCUCUGCUCUGCAAUUUUUUAUUUGGAGUAUUUCUCAAAAAGGGGGCAACAUAAAUAUUUAUUUCGAUUGAAUUUUGGCUAAAGUUGCAAACUUUGGUCUGUUUCUUGACUGCAGAUACUGGUUUGUAUCUCUCUUUUUUACCAAUCUUUUUUGUUAUAUCCAUAUGUUCAUUGUUAUAUCCAAGUUGCAUAUUCUUUCUGAGUGUUUUCUUCUUGUUAAUGGUAACUUUGGGUUCCAAGAUUUUGAGAUCUGAAUGUGGAGCUAUUGAAUUUUAGGAAUUCAAGAAAAAGAUCAAAUUUUUAUAAGGAUAAGAUAGUAUUUUGGAUUGGUUUAUUUGUAUUUUAAGUGUACUAAGUUCAACUCGUGGAGAAAAAGAGAGUCUUUUUUCAAUCAAGAUUCAAUCUUUUUGAGUUUUAACUCAUAUUGGAAGAUAAAAUUGCAAUCUUUAGCAUCCGGGUAUUUGUUAUUAUUUGGUAGAAAUGAAAAUAGAGAUGGGUUUAGGGAAUAUGUUAUGGAGUGAUGAGGAUAAAGCUAUGGUUGCAGCUGUAUUAGGAACAAAAGCUUUUGAUUACUUAAUGUCAAGUUCAGUUUCUGCUGAAUGUUCUUUAAUGGCAAUGGGAAAUGAUGAGAAUUUGCAAAAUAAGCUAUCAGAUCUUGUCGAACGCCCGAAUGGGGCUAAUUUUAGUUGGAAUUACACGAUUUUUUGGCAGAUUUCGCGGUCUAAGUCGGGGGAAUUGGUGUUAGGAUGGGGAGAUGGGUGCUGUAGGGAACCUAGGGAAGGAGAAGGAUCUGAAAUUACUAGGAUUCUUAAUUUACGACUCGAGAACGAGGCUCAACAAAGGAUGAGGAAAAGGGUACUUGAGAAGUUGCAUAUGUUGUUUGGUGGAACAGAUGAAGAUAACUAUGCUUUUGGAUUGGAUAAGGUUACUGAUACUGAAAUGUUCUUUCUUGCUUCUAUGUAUUUUUCGUUCCCUCGGGGGGAAGGUGGUCCGGGGAAGUGUUUUGGUUCGGGUAAGCAUGUUUGGUUAUCGGAUGUUAUGAAGUCUUCGGUAGAUUAUUGUUCUAGGUCUUUUCUAAUGAAAUCUGCCGGUAUGCAAACAAUUGUUUUGAUCCCAACUGAUGUAGGGGUUGUGGAAUUGGGAUCGGUUAGAGCCAUAUCAGAAAGUUUAGAACUUGUUCAGUCGAUUAAAUCUUGCUUCUCGUCGUUUCUAUCUCUUGUUAGGGCUAAGCAAGGGGGUUCUGUAACAGUUGUAGCGGAGAAAAAGGAUGGAAAUGGUUCUCCGUAUUCCAGCUCUUUCGUAAGUGAGCAGCCAAAUGGAAUUCCUAAGAUUUUUGGGCAGAAUUUGAAUUCUGGUUGUACCCCGUUUAGAGAAAAACUUGCGGUUAGGAAAGCGGAGGACAGGCCGUUGGAAAUGUACCAAAAUGGAAACAGGGGUCAAUUCAUAAAUGCACGAAACGGCCUACGUGCUGCAUCUUGGGCUUCAUUUAGUAAUGUGAAGCCAGUGAACUCGGUGGAUCCCUAUAGGCCUCAAGUCCCAGCAAACAACGUACGAGAUUUUGUCAAUGGCACAAGGGAAGAGUUCCAUAUAAACAACUUCCAACAUCAAAAGAAUGCUAGUAUGCAAAUAGAUUUUACUAACUCAAGACCCGUUAUUUCUCCAGCGCACACUGUUGAAUCCGAGCAUUCAGAUGUUGAAGCUUCAUGUAAGGAAGAUCAUGCCGGGCCAGCUGACGACAAGAGGCCUCGAAAGCGUGGACGAAAACCAGCCAAUGGAAGGGAAGAACCACUCAAUCAUGUUGAGGCGGAGAGACAGCGGAGGGAAAAGCUGAACCAGCGGUUCUAUGCAUUGCGAGCUGUCGUUCCAAAUAUUUCCAAAAUGGACAAAGCUUCCCUCUUAGGAGAUGCCAUUGCUCACAUCACAGAGCUGCAGAAGAAGCUUAGGGACAUGGAAUCCGAGAGGGAAAGACUAGGAAGCACGUCUAGGGAUGCAAAUGCAUCGGCUUCAGAAAGCACCAAUUCAGAGACUCAAAACCGACCUGAUAUCAACAUUGAAGCUGCCAAUGAUGAAGUCGUUGUAAGAGUUAGAUGCGCGCUGGACACUCAUCCUGUAUCAAGAGUCAUCGAAGCGUUCAAAGAGGCACGGGUCAAUGUUGUCGAGUCAAAACUUGCUGCCGGGAAUGAUACUGUAUAUCAUACAUUUGUGGUGGAGUCUAGUGGAUCCGAACAACUGACGAAGGAAAAGUUAAUGGCUGCAUUUUCUGGCGAAUCAAACGCGCUACGGCCAUCACCAGUAAGAUAAUAAAAGCAUUAUGUUUGACAUAGUCUCUAGGCAUAAAAUGUAGUGGAGAAUCCAUUUCUUUAUUUCUGCAAAGGUUUUAGUAUACAACAAUUCAGUUCAGGAAUAGAGAAUAACUAGCUAUUGACAAAGUAUCAGCAAUUUUUUCUUCUGUAUUUGUUUAUAGUAUAUUACAUGUUAUUCAUAAGAAAGCAAGAUGAAUCAAUUUUGCAAGUUUAACUA